AUGGCAAUCGGCGAUAGCGGUGACGAUAAUAGACUCUUGGGCCUUGAAGAAGGAAGCACGAGUUUGUCAAAUGUUCGACAUGGAUCACAACUACUGAUCGAACCGAAUUUGAAAGAAGUUUUAGACUACAGGCUUGCAUUGAGCGAAGAAGUCUAUGUCCCAUCAGUUAGUCAAUUAUCGUCCCAACUUUCUUUGCCUCGAUCGUACGAUCCACUUCAGGCAGAUAGAAUGACCAUUGAUGAGUGCGUUGAGAGUACAAAGGUAUGUGUUGGAUCCGUACUGGCGAAAAUUCUGGAAAUCGAGUCGGCAGCUAAUUGGUGGUAUGCUUCAUGUAAAAAUUGUGUGAGGAAGGUCGAACCUGUCUCAAAGAAAUAUUGGUGCGAAGAGUGUGACGGGUUUGUUCCUGUUGUACCAAGGUUUAGAGUUCAAGUGAGUGCCAUUGAUAGUACUGGAUCGACUUCAUUCGUAAUGUUUGAUCGUAUUGUCAUGCAAUUAAUUGGAAAAAGUGCUUCAGAACACCUAGGUGGUGCAUCAAACAAGAAAUCAGUUCCCGAAAUAUUAAGUAUUGGGGAUGGCACCAUAGGUGAUCCCAAUGACGGGGUGGUCAGCAUUGAAAUCCCUGAUGACUUACUCAUAAAAGAGUCAGCUGAUCCACUUGCUUCAAUUGUAAAUGAGACAUACCCAUCAUUUUUAGAGAAUAUGGAUGAUAUCAGUUAUUUGCAACACAGGGCCAUACUGGCUCCGACAAAUGAGAUUGUUGACGUGGUAAACGAUUACAUGCUAUCGUUGGUUCAUAAGGAAAUGAAGACAUAUCUCAGUUUUUAUAGUACAUGUUCAGCAAACGGAAGCAUUGACAGACCUGAUGAUAUUCAUACGCCCGAGUUUUUGAAUACCGUUAAUUCUUCUGGUCUUCCAAAUCACGAAUUAAAACUAAAAGAAGGUGUUCCGGUCAUGUUGUUGAGAAAUAUAGACCAAUCUUCAGGUUUGUGCAAUGGCACCCGACUGUCAAUCACAAGAUUAGGAAAUCGAGUCUUAGAAGCGAAAAUUAUAUCAGGAACCAACAUUGGUCAUAAGGUGUUUAUUCCACGAUUGACUCUAACGCCAUCCGAUAACAGGAUUCCUUUUAAAUUCCAGCGUCGACAAUUUCCUAUCACUCUUUCGUUUGCAAUGACGGUAAAUAAAAGUCAAGGCCAAUCUCUUCAACACGUGGGUAUAUAUCUUCAGAAACCAGUGUUUUCACAUGGACAAUUAUAUGUUGCUAUCUCAAGAGUUACGAGUCGAAGAGGCUUGAAGAUACUUAUUUGUAACAACGACGGGAACACCUCAAAUACUACUACAAACGUCGUUUAUAAAGAAGUUUUCCAAAAUCUGAACUAA